CGCGAUUUGUGUUGUCAACCUAUCAAAACACGACCCACGUGCUAAGCCCGCCCACAACGCAGACACGUGGUGAUCGAAAUGAAACGGGCAUGCGCAAAUCUUGACUACAUGUCGUCUGCGGAGAAGAAACAUGCAGCGAAUUUAAAAUGUUCAGUAAUUCCGAAAUUCAAACAGCAGUCAGUGGACGUAAGAUACAAAAAUAUUCAGCACUGUUGUGAAUCUGAAAGCGGCCUCCAGGAGGAUUUAGUGCCGGAAAACCUCAGCUUCCUUGCAGUAAGGAGCCGCGGUGGCCAAGUGGUUGAGGCGUCUGCCAUUCUGCUACCACUAGCCCUCCACCACUGGGUCGAGGCCUACGGGGGGAAAUCGCCAGGUACUGACCGUAAGUCGGUGGUUUUUCUCGGGGAACUCCAGCUUCACCCAUCACCCAACCCUGGCACGUCCUUAAAUGACCAUAGCUGUUAAUAGGACGUAAAACACAAACAAACCAAACCAAAAUCCUUGGAGUAAUCGUGCUCUGAGAACACUAACCAUACGACAGCCAUCCAAUACAUUUUUUUUAUUUCAAUUUCGAAAUAAACUUGUUU